GUCUACAGUGGGGUGGAUAGUGUUUACUUCACAUCGUCUGCAUUAAAUUUUCAACAUCUCAUCGAUUUUUCUUCGUUACUUCUCUAAGUCACGGAAAGCAGGCAGUUUUGGGGAAGAAGUUCUGUAAUGUAGCACUUGAUAGGAUCUUCCUAUUUCGCCGAGUCCAACAUUACUGGAACGAGUUGAUUACUGUUUUGUUUGGCGCGGUUGAGCGAUAACAUGAAAAUGUGAAGCACAUCCCAGUGAGAGUGACAGGAUACAAGUGUAGUAAUGAUACAUCGCGACUGUCAACAUCAACAGGUGUUAUUACUUCAACUGGACAUGUAACAAAGACGAGCUGUCAAGCAAGAAAGAUCGAAACCGACAACAGGUAUUGAGAUCACUGCUGUCACCAUGGACAUGGUACUGAUAAUGCUAGCUGUUGUCAUCACAAAACAGGUGUCUGCAGAAAUCGUUUUUUCGGUACUACCUGCCAGCAAAGCGAUCGUAUUCGGGAAUGACUUGACCUUGGAUUGCGAUGCCAAGGACACGACUGAUCCAACAAAGAAGUUGUCUUUUUAUUGGUUCUUUAACUCAGUGUCAAGUCCCCCUGGCUCUUCCAUCUUCACGAAUCACUCCCUGCUGGUCCAGGACUUGAGCCAAGAACACAUAGGAAACUACACAUGUGGAGUUAUGUCUGAGGAUUUGAAAUCUGUUCUGGCACUCUCAGCCCCAGCAGUGGUCAUUCAUGCUUUCAUCCGGACCUUUCUCACUAAUCCAGCCUCACUGAGUGUGACGGAGGGAGAGGUCGUUGAGUUGGAGUGUGUCACAGGUGAGAGUGCCCCUGCCCCUAUUGUGAUAUGGGAGAAGAACGGUAAGCAGUUCUUUGAAGGAGAUCAGUACACGUCAGUGUUUGGCAUGUCAACUAUUCCAGGAGUUAUCUCCCAGUACGCAAUGAAGCUUGUAAUCCAGACGGCCUCGUAUGAUACAGGAGCGUACAACUGUGUGGCGCGCAACCCAGCCCUCGGUGUGGAGGUCAGGUCAUUGAAGGUUGACCUACAGGUAGAAGCCCUAGAGCGAGCACCCUAUGUGGACAGCUCACUGUAUUUACAGAAUGUGAUAGCCCCUCGGGACCAGCCCCUUCAGAUUAUUUGUCCGAUCAGGGGUUAUCCGAUUCCCCACAUCACCUGGGAGUUCAAUGGAGCACCGUUUGUCAGUACAGACUACACCAUACUGUUUCCCAAUGGCAGUAUAUUUAUCGUCAACCUAGAGGAGAAGAAUGACGGGCCAUAUGUGUGUGAGGGAGUGAACUACUUAGGGAGUGUAAAGUCUGCCAUGAUCAAUGUUAGAACUGCCUUUAUUGAAUUGGAGUUUGUGAGCGAGCCGUACCGUGUGUUCACGAUCGCGGGCCAGUCUCAGACCCUGCCUUGUAGUCCACCACGGAGCUAUCCUCUGGCCACCGUCACCUGGUACAAAAACAACAAGCUGGUUGUGUAUCGCACUGGACAACAGGCUUUGUUUAUCGUUGACCCAGCCAACAAUGUGUGGGAUCUAUUCUUUGCUGAAGUCCAGAAGCCAGAUGAGGGAGAAUACUUCUGUGUGGCCUCCAAUAACUACUCUGUACCGACAGCAAGGACGUCCAGUACAGCUGUGAUGAGUGUGGGAGGUGCCCCGAUCUUCCUCCAGCCCCCGAUCGGUGUGACAGCCAUCAAGGGUGAGGGCGUGGCCUUAACCUGUCUGGUUGGUGGUGACCCCUUCCCAGAGAUCCGCUGGCUACAGGACCGCAUCGAUGUUGUACCUAACAGUCAAGUCACCUUCACGCGUAAUUACCAGGAGAUACACAUAGCAGACAUCAACAAGGCUUACGAAGGCACAUACACCUGUAGGGCCAGUAACAGUUACGGAAUCAGGGAAACCGACGCCUACGUCAGGGUCCUAGUUCCUGUGGUAAUCGUCAACCCUGUUGCUAACAUCACUGCCAAGGCUGGGUCAGAGGUCAAGGUCACUUGUGGUGUGUAUGGUGACCCCAAACCUACUGUGGUCUGGUACAGAGACUCGACUAUACUGACACCUAGUGGGCGAUUCUCACCGGUGGACGACGGCCUCAUCAUCCACGAUGUUAAGAUUGCUGAUGCUGGGAUGUAUGGUUGCCAGGCAACAAAUGAAGCUGGAGAGGCAUCAUCACAGGCAGAGCUAGUCGUGUUAGCGACUCCGUUCUUCCUCCAGAUCCCCGAGGACCAAGUGGUUCUGGCCGGCCAGGGCUUCAACCUGACUUGUGAAGUUGAUGGGAACCCUAAACCCUCUGUAGACUGGCUCUUCAAUAGUACCAAUCUGUUCCCACCCGGGAUCUUCGUGUCUCUAGAUAAGCGCCACCUUCAGGUGACGGACACCUCGUGGCUACACGUGGGUAAAUACACGUGUGUAGCGGCCAGUAUGGAGGGGGCCAUCAGUUCCACGGCUAUCAUAGCUCUACAUGUGCCACCCCGGGUGUACAGAAUUGUGGGUAAUGCUAUCGUUUACGUGACCAACGACCUGGAACUAACAUGUCUGGUAGAUGGAGUCCCUGCUCCCGCCAUUAACUGGAGACACGACGGUCAGCAGCUCGGACCGUCAUUUGAUGGGCGUGUCUCGUACCCGGAGAGACACCGACUACUGGUCAAGGUGGCAGGGUCCUCUGACGCAGGAGAAUACAAGUGUAUAGCUGACAAUUUAGCUGGAAGGUCAGAGCUGACCAUUGAUGUGUUCGUUAUUGAGCCCCCCAUCCCUCCCCAGUUGAUGGACCCGUCCCCGGUGUCGUCCUCUGCCAUACAAGUGACUUGGAAACCUGUCACACAGAAAACCCACACGAUCGUGUCACAGUAUGUCCUCUACUACAAGGAAAAGUUAGACUUGGACUAUAGUAGGCACCCUGCCAUUAUCCUGGGCACAGAGACAGUGUUCCUGGUGCAGUACCUUACCCCGGGGGCGGAGUACUUCUUCACUAUGUCAGCUGUUAACACUGCUGGGGAAGGGGCCCGCAGCAACGUCAAAAUCGCAAAGACAUUCGACUCAGGUCCAUCAGCUCCCAGGAAUCUACAUGUGAAAGACAUCGGCCCCUCUCAGGUGGAGCUGAUGUGGGAAAUCCCAGCUCAGACCAACGGCGAGAUAAGGAAGUACAGGAUCUGGUACAGACCGAGGAAUGGGGGACUUAGUCCGAAGACUGUGGAAUUCUUUAUUAAUGGACUGGUGGUCGCCCCGACCUAUACUGUGAUGAACCUUGACCCCUACACUGAUCACGAGUUCUCUGUCCAGGGAGCCACCAUAGAGAAUGGGUUGGAGUUGUGGGGAAACCUGUCCACCACCAUCGACACCAGGACAGGUGUCACAGCCCCGAGUGGCAGUCCAGUGGACCUGAUGGUAAUCGCUCAGUCACCCUACGUUGUGCAGGUCACCUGGAAUCCUGUCCCCUUGCCCUUACAACAUGGCCCUAUUACAAAAUAUCAUGUCCGCUAUCGACCUGCUGCGACCUUCACCUUCCUGUCGGACAUUGUCGUCAACAACGGCAGCCUUAAGGUCAAUGUCACUGGGCUGUUGCCGUGGAGCUGGUACUCUUUCCUGGUCGUGGCUGAGAACGCUGGUGGUUUGGGGCCACCGUCCAGUGAGAUUGUUGUCCGCACCAAACAAGCCGCACCAUCUGGAAAACCAGUCAACCUAGUUGUUGAAGCCAUUUCUAUGGAUACCAUCAAGGUGAUGUUUAGUCUACCAGACCCUGCCACAUGGAACAGUGAACUGACUGGGUUUUUGGUGGAGUACGGUAAACAUGGUGAUAGUCAAGACAAGUCGGAAACGAUCAACACAUAUAACCUCGACUCCCUCAGCCUCAAUAUCAGUAACCUGGCGUCGUGGACUCGGUACGAGGUGAGAGUGGCUCUGAUCUCUGGCCCCUUCAACACCUUACAGGGGCCAUUCACAGACUGGAUCCUUGUCAAAACCAAGGAAGCAGUGGCAGGAACAGUGAGGAAUAUUCGUUUUACCACAACCCCCACCAGUAUUACUUUGAACUGGGACCCCCCUUCAGAACUAAAUGGAGUCAUCCAGGGCUAUUUUGUGGACUUCUACAUCUUAUCAAGUGAGGGAGGAACAGGUGUAACAAGAGUGGAAGAGAAUGGGGAGGAAAAUACAACAGCUGAAAACAAAAUCAGUGUGAACAAUGAUGGAACUGAACAGGCUGUGGUUAGAAGGAGUACUGACCUUGAGAGGUCAAAGGUCAUCAGUAGCAGGGUGUUGCCUGAAUUCAAUCUAGGUCAAAGUCCAAAUGAGGAUUCCACUGAAAUAGACACACAUUUAGUUCCACUGAAGCAUUCAAACAGUUUUCUCACAGAAAUGAAGCCAAGUGUUUUAUUAAAGGAAGAUGUCCCGUAUAGUUUUACCAGUGGUAUUGAACAGAAAGGCAAGAAAUUAGACGAAGGCGAUGUUAUAUCAGAAGUAGUUCAAAUUUUAAACAUGGAUGGAAGAGUUUAUAUGAAAAUGGCAAACAGAAACAUAGGAAAAGCAGAAACAUUGUCAUCCAAGUUACCACACGACCUGGUCAAACGAAAUGCUGACCAGUCCACAGAGAGUGACCCUCCAGAUUGGGUGUUGAACGCUGACCAUGAUAAGCUUAAGACCACAUGUAGUGUUCUUAUAAAUACAAAUCCUUCAGCCCUUCAACUUCUAGACACCAUCUUAUUGAAUAUGAGUAAGGCCUCUGACCAUAACCAAGAUGAUGAGGCCACAGCGCUUCUGUCGGACAUCCUGGACGCUUGGUCAGCGAGGCUGGACGAUGACCAGCUUGUAUUAAACACUAGUACAGGACUGAUGUCCCUUCAGAAGGAUGUCCACACUUGGCUUCUCCAGGGAAACGUGUCCAUUUGGAGUCUAUGUUACAAGCUAUGGGAUGAAGGUGGCGCCACCUCAGUGAUAUCCAUGACAACUACCACAGAGGAAGCAGUUCUGCUUGACCUAGUUCCUUCCUCCACAUACUCCAUCACAGUUUCAGCCUAUGGUGAUGCAGGCAAAGGAGCUAAUCGCUCCAUUAACGUCACUACAGACAAGUUGCCUCCCCCUCCGCCACCCCCGUCAACUCCUGCCCCUACCACCCCAACUCCAGCCCCUCUCUCAACACCAGUGGCCCUGCAGACAUCAGGGGUAGAUAACUCUAAUGAGUUCCUGGCAGCAGUGAUAGGGGGCAGUCUGGCUGGUGUUUUUCUGGUCACCAUGGUGUUGGUUCUAGGUGUGUGUCUGUGUCUGAGGUGGAGGACCGUGGCUGGAACUGUGGUUAGAAACAAAACACCAGACCCAAUCAUUCUGGAUAACGAUUCAAGGGCGAGUUCCUCAAGGUCUGGGUCAGGGACGUCUUCUGUGACUGAAGAAAAUGGUCAGUUUGGUCAAGUGGACAUCAACAUUGGUGACGUCCGGUUUGAUGUGGCCAGCACUUCGAGGUCACGGUCAGUUCCAGAAGGUUACGGUAGCCUGAAGGGAGCCAGUAAUAUGACACUACAGUUACCGAGUCUGGCUAGGAGUGCUCACUCGGUCACAGGAGUACAGAAUCCAAUGUUCAUGGGGGAUCACAAUCACCAUGGCUACCAGGAGGAAGACCAGGAAUCCAUGGCGGUUUCCAUGGCACUUUCAGCAGAAGAAGUCUACUCACAGGCAAGCAACACGCUGAAAAGGAAGAACCGCAUGCGGAGUGAGUCGGCGGCGGCCAUAGCUGUGAUGAGAACAAGUGCUAUCCCCGACAUAGGAACACAUCACGGAAACGAUACGGACAAUCUCAUAAAGAACGAUUCAGUGGUGGUUUACACAGAGAGAACAGCACUGUGAACUUAGAUCAUACUCAGUGGAGGAACUUUGUCUCAGGAAUCUGGAGAAGAACGUUUUUUCUGAGUGAGGUUUUGUCUGAUGUAGGCCUUGUGUAUUGUAAGUUACAGCUAUCUUUGGUCUGACAAUACCUUUACCAGCUUUUGGCAGGUGAAUACGAUCUCAGAAAAGUAGCCGAGGAGGUUAAGUUCAUACAUGUGUUCCGAGUUGGAUAGCAAAUGAUAUUUGUCCUUCAUCGCUGCAGUAGUGUGCCAUGUGACAUUUGAUAGAAUCGCAAGAGUUUAAGUUGAAAGUAAGGUUGAGAUAUGCAUGUUCAGAAAGAUAUUGAUAAUAAUUGAUCUGAACACCUCAUAUGUAUGAUGUACUGGAAGACCCAAGUUCUGUCUCAGUCAGUAAUUGAGAGAUUGUCAUCUUUUGUAGAAAUUAGAAAAUGUAAAGGGAAAUGACAGACAUUUGAGCAAUUGGUUUAUAUGUGCGUAUACUGGUUUUCACUUGACUGAGUGAAAAACCCAGAACGAACUGAAUCGGAUCGAAUGUACAGAAUCAAAAGCUUAUUAUCACCUUGUGGCUCGCUCCCCUUUCUAUCACUUUGGACAAAGCCUGGCUCCCCUUUCCAACUGUUGACAAUGCCUGUCUCCACUUUCCAACUGUUUGGACUAAGCCUGGCUCCCCUUUCCAACUGUUUGGACAAAGCCUAGCUCCCCUUUCCAACUCUUUGGACAAAGCCUGGCUCCCCUUUCCAACUCUUUGGACAAAGCCUGGCUCCCCUUUCCAACUCUUUGGACAAAGCCUGGCUCCCCUUUCCAACUCUUUGGACAAAGCCUGGCUCCCCUUUCCAACUCUUUGGACAAAGCCUGGCUCCCCUUUCCAACUCUUUGGACAAAGCCUGGCUCCCCUUUCCAACUCUUUGGACAAAGCCUGGCUCCCCUUUCCAACUCUUUGGACAAAGCCUGGCUCCCCUUUCCAACUCUUUGGACAAAGCCUAGCUCCCCUUUCCAACUCUUUGGACAAAGCCUGGCUCCCCUUUCCAACUCUUUGGACAAAGCCUGGCUCCCCUUUCCAACUCUUUGGACAAAGCCUGGCUCCCCUUUCCAACUCUUUGGACAAAGCCUGGCUCCCCUUUCCAACUCUUUGGACAAAGCCUGGCUCCCCUUUCCAACUCUUUGGACAAAGCCUGGCUCCCCUUUCCAAAUCUUGGGACAAAGCCUGGCUCCCCUUUCCAACUCUUUGGACAAAUCCUGGCUCCCCCUUUCUAUCACUUUGGACAAAGCCUGGCUCCCCUUUCCAACUCUUUGGACAAAGCUCUUUGGACAAAGCCUGGCUCCCCUUUCCAACUCUUUGGACAAAGCCUGGCUCCUCUUUCUAUUUUGUUACGUAAGUCCAACUUCACAGGUCUGUGAAUGAGUAAUUAUGAAGCAAAGGGACUGUGUUGGAAAAUUAGUUUGCUUACAAAUCAAUAGUUCUGAUUCAGAUGGAAAUUAAAUUUUGACUUUUUGAAAUUUCUUUGCAAGCCCAUUCUAGAUAGUAUACCAAACUGUGUAAAUGAGUAUGGUAUCAGCAUGAGAAAAAAGCUUGAAACUGGCACCUCCUUUUAUGAGGAUGACAGUGGUAUUGAACUGUUACAGCAGUUUUAUAUAUGUUUAUUUCAAUAAUGAUAAAUACAUGUAUUCAAGGUUCGCCCUAGAAGUUUUGGUUAUUACUUGACCUUGUUCUUUUGACUAGCAUUAGAUAGUUUGUAUUUAACUCAGGUUACUGCCAAUUUCCAGGUAAUCUAGUACCCACAUUUGGAAAUGCUUUUGCCUUUCUAUUUCCGAUGUAUUUCAUUGUUGAUAUAUUUCAGGUUUGGUCUGUCAAAAAAGACAGAAGAAAUUUGUAUUGCAAAUGAUUAGAGUUCACUCCCCUGUUAUAGAUGUCAAUCAUACUGCCAAAGGAAGCAUAAAUCUACAUUAUCUUAUUGGCCAAUCACUCCGUUAUUUAUUAUUUUACAUUUCUAGAUAGAGAUAUAAAUAUCUGAGAAGGGAGAUAAUUCAAGGGGAGAUAAGUUUGACUGAAAACGUGUUGUCACUUUCCUUGAACAAUUUCACUUAUUUCUCGUAUCCAUAUUUUAAAUCAAAACAUAAUAUCAAUCUAUAUUACCUACUUAAAACCUAUUUCAUUAGAAAUGGGAAGCCACAUUGUUUUGUUAUAUAUAUAUUCUAAACUGUUUUUAUAUCUACAUAGUUUACUGUUUAAACAGAUAUUAUUGAAAAUGACCAAACAAGUUUCAUUCAUUUGUAGUUCCAUCGUACAUUCCUCAAUUUGAUUCAAUGUAUUAAAUUAUCAGGUACAUUCCACUCCUCAAUAUUAUAAGACGACAUAGUUGUGUAAAUUUGUGUCUGCAUAAGUAAACAUUGAAUGGGAGGUAGGAAGAUGUAACUGGUGUCAAACUCCAGGUUAAUUGGUACUUCGUUGUAGAGGGGUUUUAUUUGUAAAAUGAACAGCUGUUUGAAAAAAACAUAAGAAUGUAACUGGUGCUUGUUGGUUCUUGAUUCCAUGAGAUGGAUUUUUAUCCUGAAUGGCAUAGUUGUAUAAAUAUGUAGCUGCAUUGUAUACUUUGGGAGGUACAUGUAGCAGUUUGAUUAACAGAUACUUGGUAAGAGUGUUAUUUAAUAAUGUGUAGAAUCAAAUGGAUAUAUUUACCAGUUUAGUUUUUCUACACCAAUUUUAUCAAAAUAGGUCACAAAAUUGUUCACGUGUGUAAAUUAAUAAUUUCAUACCAACUGAGUGAACAGUUAGUUCACUUCAUGUAUCUCAUAUAGAUUUGUUCUUAUUAUAAUCAAAAUAUAAACAUAUAUGAACAGAUUAAUAGAUUAAGCAAAUUUAAGUAGAGAAUGUACCUUUUUAAUAAUUUAAUAUUAUAUUGUUACAGAUGUACCUAUAUCUGCUUAGAAAUUAUCACUAAAUAAUAUUUAAUUAAUUUUAUAGAAUAGAGUUUUCCAAUAAUAAUGUAUGAUUGUUAGGUAAAUUCGCUGUACAUUAAUAGAAGUUUAGCCACCAUAUUCAUGUUGCAGAUUUUCAUAAUCAU